GUAUUUCCAUAUGAGACUCCGUCGAGUACGAACCUUAGUAUAUUGUGUGUAGAUUUUAAGGUAUUUUUUUGUUUGCUCUUGUACACCUCCAAGCCACAAUUCUCCAUAUCUCUGGGAUUUUAUCAGUUACUGAUCGGUAUACGAAUACGAGAGCACGGUAAAAAAAUAUAUAUAUAUUUAUUCUUGAUCUCAAAGUGCACGCUCCAGUUUAUUCGUCAACAUAAACCUACAACUUUCUCAGUUGCUCAUAUUUUUUUUCGGUUCAACCCAAGAAGCAACAUAAGACACUAUAUAUAAAAGUUCUCAAUGAAGGAAAAGUGUGAUAAUUAGGAGAGUGUUUAGCGAACAAGAAAAGAAAACAGUGAAUUACUAUUUGGAUUUACUUCAGUGUCCUGCCAUUUGAUCAGGAUUUCACAUCGAGGAUACAAGGAUACACUGCCAACAGUUGCAUUUGAUACGACACAACAACAACGAAUAUAUAAAGGGGAAGAGAGAUUGCAGUAAAUUAUCGUCCCAUUUCCAGUAUAGGUUCCUAAAAAAUUCCUAGUAUAAGGAAUUAGUGGAGACUCUCUUUUUUUUUGUAUAAUUUCGGGAGUCAAAAUCGACUCAGAGGAUUUGAGUGUGAACUUGAGGAUUCAAGGUGCAAAUAAUGGGUUGGCGAACGCGACAAGUGCUCGCGGUUUUGGCUAUUGUAUUAAGUACAUUACAGAAUACACACGGUGAUGUAGAUUCAGCUGCAUUACCAUUGGAACACAGAGCAGUCUACGGACCACCAGCCCCAUCAGCCAUCUAUGGAACACCUGGACUGAUAAAUCCAGGCAACAAUGAUGUAUCAGAUGAUCCAUGGCCACUGUCAUCCUCCAACGACAGUCCACAGAUCAAGCACUUGCAAGUGCAGUGUGAAAAGACCCAUAUGAGGGUAAACAUUGAGUUCGAUCGUCCCUUCUACGGGAUGAUCUUCUCCAAAGGUUUCUACAGUGAUCCACAUUGUGUACACCUAAAGCCCGGUACUGGGCAUUUAAGUGCCACCUUUGAGAUCUUUCUCAACAGCUGUGGCAUGUCCAGUUCGGCAAAUCACAAUGCUGGUGCCUACGGAGGUCCUACGCCUUCAGGCAGCUACGUUGAGAAUACCAUUAUCAUCCAGUAUGAUCCAUAUGUCCAAGAAGUCUGGGAUCAGGCUCGAAAACUUCGAUGCACAUGGUACGACUUUUAUGAAAAAGCCGUCACCUUCCGGCCCUUCCAAGUGGACAUGCUACAUGCUGUCACAGCGAACUUCCUGGGAGACAAUCUGCAAUGUUGGAUGCAAAUCCAAGUGGGCAAGGGUCCAUGGGCGUCCGAGGUGUCGGGUAUCGUGAAAAUUGGCCAAACCAUGACCAUGGUAUUGGCAAUUAAGGAUGAUGAGAACAAAUUCGACAUGCUGGUGCGAAAUUGUGUGGCUCACGAUGGCAAGAGAGCUCCCAUUCAGCUGGUAGAUCAACAUGGCUGUGUUGUACGACCGAAAAUUAUGAGCAAAUUCCAGAAAAUCAAGAACUUUGGACCAUCUGCGAGUGUGGUGUCCUUCGCCUACUUCCAGGCCUUCAAAUUCCCCGAUUCCAUGAAUGUCCACUUCCAGUGUGUCAUCCAGGUGUGCCGAUACAACUGCCCAGAGCCCAAAUGUGGCCAUCAUGGCGGACUCGGUGGGUAUGAGCAUCAUCUUCCUGCUGCUGGAAUUAGCGGAGAAUAUGGUGUUCCAGGUUUAGGUGACUAUGCUGGUGCUCUUGGUGGUGAAUAUGGCCUUCCGCCCGCCUAUCCUGAUCCACGGCAUCCAGCCGACGCCUCCGGUGCCUAUUCCGAGAACCAGGCUGACGUCAUUCCACCGCCACAGGCUCAAACUGGCAACCAGAAUGGUUCUCCACAGUCCCAGGGCAAUCAAAAUGAGAAUCCACAGCAACAGGAUGUGAAUCAACAGGAACCAAAUGUGAGUCAGAAUGACAUCAAUCUGCCCCCACCACCUCCACCAGGUCACUCUGGGUACAGUACUGUGAAGAGGAAAGAUGAUCUCGUGGAUGCUGGUGGGAAUCUUGUAACACUGGGCGGCCGGCCGCGUAGUGUUGAAAAUCUCGAUGACCUCCGUGGUGUCCGACGACGUCGUGAAACAAUGGACGUUGUCAUCACACCGCGAAUCUACAAACGAGAAGCCCAAGAGAUGACAGACGUCAACACAAGUCGAAUCAUCCAGGUUGUGGCUCCUGGAGAUGUCAAUUUUGCCCUCAAUAGUGCCCCUGGCAACGAAACAGUGGUCAUUCAGUCUGCCCGUACGGUGGACCCCGAAACAAUUUGCAUGUCUGUGCCCAGCUUCGUUGGAGGCCUCGUCAUGCUGUUACUAGUCCUGGCGGUCGCUUCCCUCGUGGCUGCCUUCCUCUUCGUCCGUGUUCGUCAUUUUGAUCGCAAAUCCGCAGCAACAGCUUAUGUGUCGGAAUUUGUGAAAGUUAACUAAAAACACACACAACAAAGUCCCCCUUUCCUGACUCCAACCAAGCAUCAAUCAUCAUCUCUCCUUCAUCCAUUGACACUCUUCCAUUUUGUAUAGUUUCUUUUAAAUAUUAUAUUUAUAUAUAGAUUACAAUUCACAAAACAAAAAAUCAACCAAAAUUAUUUUGGUUGAACGAUUGAAACAAGAACUAGGGUAAGUGUGCCAAAUUUCGGCAUAUUUGCAUAUAAGCACUGAAGUCCUAAGUUUGAAAUGCUAUAUUUUUAAUACAUAUUGAUAUUUUUUGUUACUUCCUUUUCGGGAGGGUUGUGUGGAACCUUGAAAACUAGUUUAUCAUUUUUGUUUUCUUUAAAUCACUUCAUAAAAUUUUGAAAAAUUAUUAAUAAUAUGGACAUUGCUUUGAGUAUUAUUCCGGCCACUUUGAGUGAAAUUUCGACCACCUUUUAUUUGACCACCUUUUGUGACGCAACGAAUAGAAAAUUUCAAAACGUCAAUCGAAAAGAGUUUAAUAUUUACUUUGAUACGUUUAUAUGACCCACAAGCCUUGAGAUUUUCCGUGUAAUUUGUCCUGAAGACCUGAAGAGUAGCAUCCCAAAUUUACGCGCAGAUUCCCGUAGAAAUUUGCCCUUCCUGAACUCUUCCAAGGCCUUUUCCACAUCAUAUUGUAGACAAUGUAGAACUCAGAAAUUGAAAAAAAAAACACAAAAUGAAUAAGAAAUUUAGGAAAGCAAAAGAUGUUGCCGGAAUAGGCAACACUACAUCACCGGAGAGACGCUCGCAAAGUUAUAUACUUUUUUACGCGAAAUACAGGAUCCAGCUGGGAAAUUUUACCCGAAAUUUAAAGAUUGAUUCACUAUGAACAUAAACAGAAACAAUCUUUAAUGAAAAUUAAUCAAUUUUCUUGAAAAACACCCAAGAAAAACCUUCUGCACUUCACCACAAAUCACAAGACUGCUAGAAACACAAUCGAUCUGUCACAUUUUUUUGUAAGACUCUUUCUACACUGAGUUUUUACAACGCAAUUUAAAUUUAAAUUAUACCUAAAAUUUAAUGGUCUUUGUGUUAAUACAUCCUAAAAUGAAUAAAUAUUUAAAAGCAAAAUGAAUUCAUUGACUAUUCGAAGAUAACAUAUAUAAUUUUAAUUAAUUUAUUUUCAUGGCCGAAAUUACACUCAAAGUGGCCGAAAUUAGAAGCUGGCCGAAAUUUGGCACACUUCCUCUAUACGCAACACAAAAAAAACCACAACACGACAAAUUUAAUUCACAAUAUCAUUUCAGUGACAUUCUUCCCGAGAAGACACCACAGUAAGUUUAAUAAAAAUAAAUAAAUAAAUAAAAGAGUAUAUAGAAAAAAACAAGAAAAAAACGAUUGAAUGGAAUGCUGUUAUACCAAAUUGUGAUUGAUUUCUUGAGAACUGUAGUAAAAGAAAAGUGACUUUUCACUCAAGUUUUCUUCCUUACGAAUGAGACAAUUAAUUUUUUUUUUUAGAUAAAAAGAAAACAUGAAAAUCCUUUUUAAUAUAUAAACAAAAUUAUUCUCUCUUCAGAGGAAUGGUACGGUUGUAGCCAAAUAUGCUCUGCUCAAAAAAGCAUUCUUUUUUUUUAUAAAGUGCACUCGCUAUCUUGCAAUAUGCUUUAAAAAAAAACAAUCAAUUUUAUUCACUUUUCGCAAAUUUAGCUACAUCCAUAUCGAACCUAAGUAUAUGUAUUUCAUUUAUUUCUCCUUAGUCUUAAUAAUAAUUAAGAAAUAAACAAAAAAAAUCUAUUUGCUAAUUGUAUAAAAGAGAGACAUAUACAAUUGUUUAAGAGUAUUUUGUAAAGAAGAAAACUAUAUCAUGCACAUUCCAUUUCUACAUUUUUUUUUUAACUUUUAAUUAUAUUGAAUAAAAUAUAAAUUAUUUAAAUUAUUUUUUUUAACCCACAUUUCACCACACAUUCUUUAUUAUACUAAAAACAUAUUCUACAUCUCAAUUUACUAUUUUCUCGCAUCAUCUUUCUGGCAUCAUUUUUAUUUUCUUCUUUUAAUUUUAUCAUUGAAUUUAGAAAUGAUUUAAAAAAAUGUAUUAUAAGCUUCUUGUAUAAGGUAAAGAAAAAAAACCCUAUUUUUGUAAUAUUUAUUUUAUUGUAAUAAUUCAAGCAAAGCACUCAAAAAUCCUCCAGUUUCUUCUUCAUUCUCUUACGACUGUCUCAAAUUGCAUUAAGAAAAAAUCUAUCCACACGAAAACAUCACCCUUCCUGUCUCUUAAGUUUUUUUUAAUGAAAAAAAAAUCUCGAAUAAAAAACAACUAUUUUAAAUGAUAAAAAAAGACGUAGAAGGAUAAAAUGUAAAAUAAAUUUCAAAUAUAAACGACAAAGUAAGACGAAAUAAAUUUAAUGUAAUUAAUAAGGA